AGAAGUAAAGAUACUAACUCGUAAACAGGAGUAAACAUGCGUUGUCGAGGUCACGGGUAAAAGAAACCUUUGAUCUUUGGAUGAAGACGUAGGCUUUUCUCAAAAUUUUGGUUACAACAUUGAGGCUUUACGAAAUUAUACUUGUCAUUAGAGACAUGAUGUGAAUGGUAAUGAAAGUUAUUUUACACUUUGAUCGAGAAUAAUCUUUAAUUUUCGACUCAAUUGUUAGGCUUAACUACUUCGGAGGAGCAAGAAUUUUUCAACAGUGGCAUAUUUGCAAUCAUGUAAAGUUAUAAGAACAAAAAAUGGCUUUGGCCUAAGACUAAAGGCCUGUAAUAUGUAUUUUUAUCAUGUCAACUAAACAAAAGGAGUUCAGGAAAAAAAGUAGUAUUUCAAUUCCUACAAAAGAGGAAAUGAUGUCAGAUAUAAAAAAGCAAGGUUAUUUAAAGAGAUUGAAGACAAUGAAGAAGAAAUAUUUUGUGCUUCGGACUGAGACUCCAACAGGACCUGCUAGACUUGAAUAUUAUGACAAUGAAAAGAAAUGGAAAGCUGGUAUCCAACCAAAACGGAGCAUUAUAUUGAAGACCUGUUUUAACAUUAAUAGAAAGUUAGAUUCUAAACAGAAAAAUGUUAUUGCACUUUAUACUCGUGAUGAUUGUUUUGCAGUUGUAACUGAAAAUGAUGAUGAAUUAAAUCAAUAGUUAACAGCAAUGUUGGAACUUCAACAUGGUACUCUUGGUCUGGAAGGAGAUACAACACCUAAACCUAAUUUUGAACAUGUUUGGCAAGUAAUUGUGAAAAAUAAAGGUUUAGGAAGUAGUAGAAAUAUAUCUGGCACUCACCGCCUCUGUUUAACUGCUAAGUCUUUGAGUCUUGUAAAGGUGAAUCCUCACAGUGACAAACCUGAGUCUUUAGAAUUUCCUUUGAUGAGCAUUCGAAGAUGUGGGCAUUCAGAUUGCUUCUUCUUUAUGGAGUUGGGUCGUUCAUCAGUAACAGGAGCAGGUGAAUUAUGGAUGCAAACUGAAGAUACUAUAAUUGCACAGAAUAUGCAUGAAGCUAUAUUAGGAGCGAUGAAGUCCUCUGGCAGUAAGGAAGAAUUAGGACCUCUCUCUCGUCCUCGUAGUGCAUCUACUAGUGAAAAUUCCAAACCCAUCAGUUCUAGACAUCCAGUUGGUUCUGUUAUACCCCCUAUGGCAUCCAGUAUUCCACUGACAUCAAUAAGUAGAGAACGUUGUGAUAGUAUGCCAUCUCGUUCCCGUACUGUUAGUGAAGGUCAUCAAGAUAGUAGCCCUCACUCAAGAAGUCAUUAUUCAUCAGCAAGUUCUUCUGGUCAUCUUCUGGAUACUCAAAGACCCCAUACCAUGUAUGGAAGAACUGUGUCAUAUUCUCCUCCUUCAAAUAAACCUUUGAGCCCAAGUGGAGUCUGUUCAUCCAGCAGUUCACUUUCUUUUGAUGAAGUUGAUAACAACUUGUCUGAAUUUCACUUAAGUCGAUUUCCUCAUACUUUAUCUGGUGAAAGCACACUCCAUACUGAACCAACUAUUAAAGAAGAAGGAACAGAUAGUGAUUAUUUAGUAAUGGCACCAGGAGAAGAGAAUAAAAUAGAUUCAGAAAAUUAUGUGCCUAUGACGAAAUAUGAUCAUUCGUCUCUCUUUUUGAAUCUUACAAAUACUACUGAUGAUUUUGUUACUCCUAUAAAAUAUGACAUUUCAAGUGAUUAUUUAGAAAUGGCAUCACCAUCUACUUCUUCACAACCUGAUAACACAGAAGGAUAUAUGACAAUGAGUGCAGUUGGUUCAUUAACUGUUGAUGUCCCUAAUUCACUUCCUUCAAAACAGACAAGUUUAGUAUCAGAUUCACCAUCUAAUUCUUUGGAUCUUCCAAAAGGUUUUGAGGGUUAUGUGCCAAUGGCUCCAGUUGGAAUAACAAUACCAACAGAUUUGCCUCUUCCCAAAAAUAUUAAUUCAAAUUUAAAGCAAGAAGAUGGUUAUUUGGAUAUGACACCUUUAUCUACAUCCUUACCAAAAACAGUCAGUCAGUUACCUGGUGAGUUUUGUAGUCAGUAUUUGGAAAUGUCCAGUCCAACACUCAGGGGAAUUGAUGAUAAUAUGAAUCAUUCUCAUUUACCCUCUAUCAAUACACAAGAAGAAUUUCAUCUUGAUAAGGUAAAGUCUUAUUUUUCACCAUCUGAAGAUGAUUCUGAUGACUAUAUUAAACCUGUCAGAGCUUAUUCUAUUGGAAGUCGUCCACAGUUAAGAAAAAGUCAUCUUGCAACACAUCUAGAAACAUCCAGGGUGCGAGCAUAUUCAGUUGGAAGUCAGGCAUCAACAAAUACAAAGAAAAAUGUAAAUAGUAUAGAAUCAGAACUGGGAACAUUAAAAAACAUUGAUGCUAGAGCAUCAGUUAAAUCAUCUAGUGCACCACUUCUUCCCAGUGGAGCACAGCGUCAUCGUACAUCAUCAACUAAAGAUUACAAUGAAGAUCUUAUGGAAAUAGAUUAUAAUCAGUCGUCAUCACAUUCUAAAAGUAAAGUUGGGAACAGUCACGAUAAUUCUGAUCAUACAAGACGUUUUACUGUUAGUAACACUCGACAACGUUCCAAUAGUCGUUCAUCGUCAGGUACUUCUCCAAUGUCUUCUCUGAUGGAAUUAACUGAGAAACCUGAAAGGAAUAAAAACAAUGAAAAUAAAGAUCAUGAAGAUAAUCUCCCAUUGAAAGGUUUUUCUAGUUCCAAAACUGGCAAUUCUAUUGAAAUUGUGAAUAUACAGAAAAGUGGAAGUAUUUCAAAUACAGAAGAAAAUCAGUUACCUCAUUUAGUAAGUCAAAUUUCUGAAUCAAAAAACAGUCAUCUUAUCUCAGGGAAUAAUAAUUCUAAUUUGAACAGUGAAGCAGUUAGUGAUUCAACUCAGCUGUCUACAUCAGUACCAAACCCUUCAGGAGAUUAUGUUAACCUUGAUUUUAAUCAUACAUGUUCUAAUAUUGUUAUGUCAACUGUUCUUUUAUCUGAUAAAUCUCAUCUACAAAAUAAUAGUAAUAUGCCACAACUAGAAUCUAAUAAUUCUUUGAAAACUUCUGCUAUGCAUGACUAUAUUAAUAUUCAUCUUGGCACAUCAUUAUCUUCAAAGAGUGAUUACACUGUAAUGGCACCUGUACAAACAAGUUGUGAACGAAAUUCAACUUCACUUUCAAAUACUGUUCAAACGUGUGAUUUGCCAACCACUAAAAGUAAUUCACAAACUCCUCAUAGCCCUAGUCUGAUGUAUGGAGGAACAAAAAGUCCUUCAUUAUCCUCAGGUACAUCAAGUGGAGGACAGACACCAUCUCCAUCUGCACGUUCACCUCAGUCAUUCCUCACUUUUAGAAAACAGUUUUCUGCUCCAACUGUUCCUAUUUCUGUUCGUGCUGAUUCACCAUCACCUGGUAGAAAAAGUUCUUAUCCCAUAACCACACCAGCCAAAUCCACUAUUGUUUCUGCCAUAACUGUAGCAAAGCCUGUAUUGGCAUCUUCAAUAAAUACUGCCACUUGGUUAAAGAAUUCACAUUCUUCAGAUGCCAGCUGUGUACCAACUUCAUCAGUGAAUCCACGAGAAGAAAAUAAUUCUGAGCAGAGUAAUUUGAAUAUAUUAACAGCACCAACAUCGCCUACUAGCUUAAAAGAAAAGUCUUCAGAAGCAAUGUACGAAAAUGUUUCGAUUGGUUCUGGAUCGCUACCAAAUUCUCGACCUUCAUCAAUAAGUAGUGAACGUGAACUGAAUUACGCUUCUCUUGAUUUAGCUCCAACAGUUGAUGAUGAUAAAACUCCCCGCUCCCCUCGCAGUUUCAAAUUGCAGCAACCAACUGAAUCUUAUGCUGAAAUUGAUUUCACAAAGUCAGAAGGAUUAAGGCAUACUUCAGGAAGUUUAAGAGAGGGCAGAGUCUAAGAUAUAUUGAGAUGCUGCUAAUGUAAUAUUUUAUAAGAAAUUGAAUCUGCCAUUAUGAUGAGCAAUAGAUAAGAAAUGAAAGAAAUUAUUUGAUAUUUCCAUUUUGAUCAAGUUCCUCAUAACCAAACUGGAAAAUUGUUGAUUUUACAUAUAUCAUUGUUAGCAUUACUGUUUGCUUUUUUUCAGCAUUGUGUAAACAUGUCAUUAAAUGCUAGGCCAAUUUACUGUUCAUGAAGAAACAUUAGCAUUAUCAUAAUUAAGUAGUUAAACAAUGACAAUUUUAUAAAUAGAUAAAAAGGAAAAUAUAAUUCGAAUAUUUAUAAUUCUCCAAAUAAAAUUUCUGCAUUGUAAUUUUAUAUGUUUAUAUUUGUAAAAUUACAAAGCAGUAUAACCUAAUUUAAAUGUUAGAAACAAUAGAAUUGUUUUGUUGUUUGAAAAGAUGAAUAAUUAUGAAUUGUGUGAUAAGACUAAAUA